GGGGUUGGUCCUGGCAAGGUGCGGGCACUGGCCCUGGGAGUCCUCGCGCGCCUGCGGCCGGGUUUGGGGGUCACGUCCCAGCCGGAGGAGUCCGGGAGCGCAGCCGGGGCGUGGCCGCGGUGUGAGCGCCCCUCGGCGUGGGAACUGCCAGUGCCCAGCACCGAUCUGCCUCCCAGCAGCUGCAAAACACCCUUUGUGUGGUUGUGGCAUCGCACGUUAGGAAUUAUGAUGGGCUGUGUUAAAAAUGAGAGUUGCCACGGAUUAUGAAACAUCAAGUGGUUUCACUCCCGAAAAGUAGUGGGAGUCAGACCACGAUGCAGAUUUAAAGGAAUGUCGUGUGUGGACAUUUUUGCACCAGGCAGUUUGGCCACAGCAGUUGUGGCUGUUUGCAUUUUAGGUUGCUUAGGAUUCAGUGUCAGUCUUCAUGCCUAGCUAUCUAGAAAUCAGAGCUAGAAUACUAGAUCUUUGGAGACUCUGGGUUUUGUUGUUGUUGUUCAGUGAAGGAAAAACGGACACAUUGAUGACUUGUACAUUUGUCAGAGAUUAUGAAGUGUUAUAUUAAGUGCUUUGUUUUUCCACACCUUAGUUUUGUCAUCUGUGUUUGUUGAAGGUAUUUCCACCAGUCACAACAGUGACGAGAUGAUGGGGAAGCGUCUGAAUUUCUAAGUAAACUGAGAAUAAAAUUUGUGGGAAGGAGGACAAUAGUUUUGUGAAUUGAAAACAUCUUGCUUGAUGAUACUGUGUCUUAAAAAUAUCAAUUAAAAAUCAGGCCUUUUGGAAUAUGCAUCUAUUAACUUGGUAUUCAGACUGGUGCUGUGGCCUUCCUCAACUGUGUGGAUGGCUGAGAAGCAUUAAUGUAAAACUGGUCUCUGCUUUUCUCUUUGAAAAUAAAACAGUCAUACAAUACAGAACUACAGUCAGAAUGAAGAAGCCAGACAGAAAGAGGAUAGACUGAAAGAAUUGGACGGCUUCUCCUGUCUCCCCUUACUUCUACAAAAGACCCCACAGCUGUAGAGAGAGCAAACUUGUUAAACAUGGCUAAACUGAGUAUCAAAGGACUCAUUGAAUCUGCCCUGAGCUUUGGCCGCACUUUGGAUUCUGAUUAUCCCCCCUUGCAGCAAUUCUUUGUUGUUAUGGAACAUUGCCUGAAACACGGUCUUAAAGUAAGAAAAUCAUUUUUGAGUUAUAACAAAACCAUCUGGGGCCCUUUGGAACUGGUGGAGAAGUUGUACCCAGAAGCAGAGGAAAUAGGAGCCAGUGUCCGGGAUCUGCCUGGUCUGAAGACCCCUCUGGGUCGAGCAAGAGCAUGGCUUCGAUUAGCCCUUAUGCAAAAAAAAAUGGCCGAUUACUUACGUUGCUUGAUUAUUCAGAGGGAUCUCUUAAGUGAGUUUUAUGAGUAUCAUGCACUAAUGAUGGAAGAAGAAGGAGCAGUAAUUGUUGGGCUGCUGGUUGGCCUGAAUGUGAUCGAUGCUAAUCUGUGUGUGAAGGGAGAGGAUUUAGACUCACAAGUUGGAGUGAUUGAUUUUUCUAUGUAUUUAAAGAAUGAAGAAGAUAUUGGAAAUAAAGAAAGGAAUGUUCAAAUUGCUGCCAUAUUGGACCAAAAGAAUUAUGUUGAAGAAUUAAAUAGACAACUGAACAGCACAGUCAGCAGCCUCCAUUCAAGAGUUGAUUCAUUAGAAAAGUCAAAUACUAAGCUGAUUGAAGAGUUAGCAAUAGCAAAGAAUAACAUCAUUAAACUCCAAGAAGAAAAUCAUCAAUUACGAAGUGAAAAUAAAUUGAUUUUAAUGAAAACACAGCAGCACCUAGAGGUUACCAAAGUAGAUGUGGAAACUGAGCUUCAAACAUAUAAGCAUUCUCGUCAGGGGCUAGAUGAAAUGUACAAUGAAGCCAGAAGGCAGCUUCGAGAUGAAUCUCAGUUACGACAAGAUGUAGAGAAUGAGCUAGCAGUACAAGUUAGUAUGAAGCAUGAGAUUGAACUUGCCAUGAAGUUGCUGGAGAAAGAUAUCCAUGAGAAACAAGAUACUCUGAUAGGCCUUCGACAACAGCUAGAGGAAGUUAAAGCAAUUAACAUAGAGAUGUAUCAAAAGUUGCAGGGUUCUGAAGAUGGCUUGAAAGAAAAAAAUGAAAUAAUUGCCCGACUAGAAGAAAAAACCAACAAAAUUACUGCAGCCAUGAGGCAGCUGGAACAAAGAUUGCAGCAAGCAGAGAAGGCGCAGAUGGAAGCUGAAGAUGAGGAUGAGAAAUAUCUACAAGAAUGUCUCAGUAAAUCUGACAGUCUGCAGAAACAAAUCUCCCAAAAGGAGAAACAGCUGGUGCAACUGGAAACUGACUUGAAGAUUGAGAAGGAAUGGAGGCAGACUUUGCAGGAAGAUCUUCAAAAGGAGAAAGAUGCCUUAUCUCAUCUUAGGAAUGAGACUCAACAAAUCAUUAGUCUUAAAAAAGAGUUCCUUAACCUCCAGGAUGAAAAUCAGCAGUUGAAAAAAAUAUAUCAUGAACAAGAGCAAGCUCUUCAAGAACUCGGCAACAAACUUAGCGAAUCAAAACUUAAAAUUGAAGACAUAAAAGAAGCCAACAAAGCAUUGCAGGGACUGGUUUGGCUGAAAGACAAAGAAGCAACACAUUGUAAACUUUGUGAAAAGGAAUUCUCACUCUCUAAGAGAAAGCACCACUGUAGAAACUGUGGGGAAAUUUUCUGUAAUGCCUGCUCUGACAACGAACUACCUUUGCCUUCUUCACCAAAACCAGUACGGGUUUGUGAUUCCUGUCAUGCAUUGCUGAUUCAGAGAUGUUCAUCUAACUUGCCCUGAGACUCCAGAACUAAAUCCUUAUGUAUGAAAUUACCUACAAUGAAUGUUAUGAUGUUGUAUACAAAGGUAACCAGACAGCUCUUCUUAAGCGGCUUUCGGUCAGUAUUUGGUACCAGUUUAUCUUCUACAUAUUCAGAUCAUGGAAAUUACAAGUUAUAUGAUAUUUCCUUCCCCAUUGUUAUUCAAAAUGAAUUUUCAACACAGCAUGCUUAAAAAUCAUGUAACUCAUUAAAAGGCCAGAUAGCAGAGUUAACACAACUUGCCUUAUCUUGUAAAGGCCUUUUUAAAAAUAAGGCUUCAGAUUGUUUUUUUCUUCUGAAUUCUGUCAAUUUGGUGGUGCCUGCAGUUCUCUUAAUGCACUUUAAAGCUUCACAGUUCUGAGACUGGAAAUGCAUAAAACUUUUUAGAAGUAUUAA